GUCUUUUUCUUCGCGGUAAGUCACACGUCUCUCUCAAACUUCUCUCCCUCUCCUUCGUACUGACGCCGAUGCCUCGUUCUGCCGCCGCCGAUCGUCGAGCCACCACGAUUCUUCCCGGAUCUGUCGUCAAGCCCAGCCGUCGUCGGCUGUUCGUCGUGCGCCAGCCUAUUUGCGGCUGUUGACUUCCAGCCACCAGAUUUGUUGAGCCACGCACCGACCAACCGCAGCCCAGCCAUCAAGCACCACGCCGGUUGCUGCUCCUCGUCCCGCUGCGCCACCCUCUGCCACCGCUAGCCUCGCUGAAUCUGGAAGUUGAGGUCAGUCUCGGACUGUCUGAUUGAAGAGUAGCGGUGCCGUUUAGUUGCUGUUCAGCGGGUUCGGGUUUUCGUCAAGAUUUUGGUAUUUAAUAAAGAUUCGAGUUUUAGAAGAGUUUGAGCUGCUGUCCAGCCAUCCGAAAGGUUGAAAUUAGGCCUUUUGGCACGACUUGGCUUCCUUGAGAAGGGAAUGGCAAAGUUCAGGGAUAGAACUGAAGAUUUCAAAGAUGUUGUGCGGCACUGUGCUAUUUCGUUAGGGUAUAAUGAGUCCAAGUUGGCAGCUAUUAUGGCAUCUUUCAUCAUUCAGAAACCUCGGCAAAGGUCACCUUUCAUCAAAGCUGCCCUGAAAACGCUUGAAAGCAUUGGUGCUCUUGAAGAGUUCAUGUUGAAACAUCAGAAGGAUUAUGUAGACAUGUAUCGGACGACAGAUCAAGAGAGAGACAAUAUUGAACAUGAGGUAGCUGCCUUCAUCAAAGCAUGCCAAGAACAACUUGAUAUCCUAAAAAACAGCAUUAACGAGGAUGAUGCACAUUCCAAGGGAUGGCUUGGUCCUAGGACUGAUGAUUCUAAUGCUGAUACCAUUGCACACAAACAUGGGGUGGUUCUAAUUUUGAGUGAGAAACUCCAUUCAGUAACAUCACAAUUUGAUAAGCUAAGAGCCAUUCGGUUUCAAGAUAUCAUAAGCAAAGCAGUACCAAGAAGAAAACUGAACCAAGUAAAUAAACCACGUUCUGCCAAUACCACUGAGUAUAGUAACACAGAGCUGAGAGAACCUGAUAAUUUUGAGCAUCAACCUGUCCGAGCCCAACAACUGUUAGAUGAUGAAACUCGUGCACUUCAGGUUGAGUUGACUAGUCUUCUUGACGCAGUCCAAGAAACAGAAACUAAGAUGGUAGAGAUGUCUGCUCUAAAUCACCUUAUGUCUACACACGUUUUGCAGCAAGCACAACAAAUUGAAUAUCUUUAUGAACAGGCUGUUGAAGCUACGAAGAAUGUCGAGCUUGGUAAUAAAGAACUUACCCAAGCAAUUCAGCGGAAUAGCAGCAGCAGAACCUUCCUUCUGCUUUUUCUAUUUGUGCUCACUUUUUCAAUUCUCUUUCUUGAUUGGUACAGUUGAUGGGAUCGGUUGUUGUAUCACAUUUAUGUUAUACAUUCAUAUAAAAAAAAAAAAAAAAAAAAGAGGAAAUCACUGAUGGAAUUUAGAUCA